UCGAUCCUUACCCUACACUUCUACCAGUACAAUGGCUGACGACGCUUCAACAACACCAACAGCAGCUACUUCCUCGGCUGAGGUUUCAGCCGCAGAGAAAGCCCGUCUCCGCCGCGAACGACGCGAGAAGAAGAUUCUGGAGGGUGGAAGUACGAGAUUGAAUAAGAUUACGGGGAUGCAGGGCGCGCAUUCGAUUCCUUCAGAUCCUGUUACAACAAACGCGAGUUUGAGGGUUAACAGCGCGAGCGUGACGGAUGAUCCGGCCGAAGUCGACAUUUCUACCCUACCAUUGGCGCCGAGUAGGACGCGUACACCCCUCGAUGGCGGAUUUUCGUCGUUCCCAUCGGGUACUGGUGGGGCUGGUGGUAUGGCGAGUCUUGAAGACCUUCUCGGUGCGCGCAUAGGCCCUACUGGUGCUGCUGGUGGUUCCGCUCCUCAAUUCCCGUUCGGCAACCUCCCCGGUAUGGGUGGCCUUGGUGUAGGAGCUGAGGGUGGGGCGGGCGGAGACCCCAUGGCCAUGCUGACCGCGUUACUGGGCGGCGAUAAAUCCAUCCCGGGCAUGCCACCAAUCCCCGGAAUGGGAAUGGGGAUGGGGCAAGAAGUCAAAGCGGUGGAUCCAUGGGGCGGAUACUGGAGAUUCGCGCACUGGAUCAUCUCCAUCUCAAUCGGAAUCUGGGCCGUCAUGGCGGAUACCUUCACCGGUACCUCCAUCGACCGUCUCGAGUCUUACACGGGCGUCAAACCCGUCUUCUGGUACUUCAUCACGGCUCAGUUAAUUCUCCAAACAGCGAGGUUGUUUAGCGAGCGUGGGGGACAGGCCCUCCCGGGGAGUAAACUCGCGAUGCUGGCUGGGCAACUGCCGGCCCCGUUUGGGGGAUGGCUGAUGACGUUUGCGAGGUAUCGGUUUAUUUUUACGAGUGGGCUUAGGGAUUUGUUUUGGUUGGUGUUUGUGUUGGGGGUUGGUACGUGGGUGAAGAGUUGGUGAUGUGCAUCUCGUGGUUCUUGUCAGGUUUGCAUAGCUACACGGCCGAGAGGCGC